AUGGAGAGAGACUCGCUUGAUCAGACCCUCAUCCUACCUGACGAGAUUUUAUGCAUAGUAUUCUCCUUCGUUCGGUCGAACGAACCCGUCCACGUACAUUCCUGGCUUGAUGUGGAACCCAGGACUUUUGGGUGGGUGAGGAUCACACGAGUAAGCCGUCGAUGGAGGCAGGUGGCGAUUAGAUGCCCCACUCUCUGGACGCAUCUCACCGGCAAACUCGGCUCUCGUUGGCUCGAAGAGUUCACGCAGCGGAGCAAGAGCGCGCCUCUCUACAUCGACGACCAGAACUUCGCGUAUGAGAGCUCAGGCUGGCCCUCAAAUGAGAUUCGCAACCCUUCGCUUACCAAGGUGCUGACUGUGCACCGCCUUCGCAUUGCCACCUUACGACUACAUAACGCACCGCGCGAGAUUGUCGUCGAGCCAACCAGAGGCGUCGGACUGCCCAUCCUCGCGGAUUUGUAUCUCUGGUCCGAACACCUCAAGGCGGACGAGCUGAGCCCUGGGCAGUUGCAAGACAUCAUGGGCUAUACGACCCGUUUACGCCGGCUGCAUCUCGACCUGCCCAAUUUCCAAUCUUCCACAUUUGACUGGAAACAACCUUCGUUGGGUGGUUUGACCACUUUAAACAUCGCCAUGAAGACCGGCGAAAACUCCUUGUUUUCGACGGAGCUUUGGAAGGCUCUUUACCGCAUGACUUCUCUCGUCGAGUUAGCUCUUCACGAGAACGAGGGAAGGCGAUUUACGUCUCGUGAACGCGAUGUCCAUCGAUGCCCGGGCACGCCAAACAAUCUCAUCAUCAUGCGACGCCUCGAGUCUCUCGUUCUUGAGGGCCCAUUAGAGAUGCACACACACUUCUUACGACACGCUCGGCCUCCUUCGGACGCGCGCAUCAGCUUUAUCUCUCAAUCGACCUCAGAUGGAGGCUCGGCCGUUCAUGACGCCCUUGCCGGCGAGUUGAGCGCACUACUCAAGUCUCACGAAAACAAACCCGUUUUUCAAGCAGCUUAUGCGGGAUUCUCUCCUACCAAGUUAGCCUGUCUUGGGCUUUCACGCGGCGUGCGACCAUAUCAGCCUCUUGCUUCCUUCGCACAGGGCCCUGAGGAUCCUCACGAGCACAAUCGCAAUAAUCUAGAUGUGCGAUAUCUCGAUCGCAGGUGGAACUCUCUUCUACCACAUCUUCCACUCGGAUACAUCCACACCUUGACUCUACACAACGCCGGCCCAGCCUCAAUACGCACGUACCUCUCGCUCUUUCCCAACGUCGAGCGCUUGCGUUUAUCCGUGGAUCGAUCAUUUCCAAGGCACGAUAUUGGCGCCCUCGAAGACCGCAGUCUCGCCCGUAUGCUCCGCUACAUCGACAUGGAUGCGUCAUUCUUCGACUUACGGACCACUUUGAGCUGUUACUCUCCACAGGGCGCGCAUGUUGUGCCAGAACGGUUUACCGUUCUUGAAAACGUCCUACAAGCACGUUGGGAGAUGGGCUCGCCGCUGAUUAUCUUCUUUCAUGUCAAGGAGGAGGUUGAAUGGAUGGAGGAAUGCCGCAUAUGGCAUGCUGACCGCUGGAGGGACAUCGCAGAGGAGACCAUGCGUCGGAGUGUCGAGCGCUUAGAGUCCAUUGAAGGCGUGCAGUUCAUAGGCAGACACGUCGAUCUCUUCGGACCAUGA